AUGCAGAGGGUAUUUAGUCUCACAGAACAUUUGAAGAAAUCUUCCAAUCCAGAAGACGAUAUCCACAAGGCCAAGAUGAGCGCACAACAGUACACGUUCCAGGGAUGGAUGGGGUUGGAUAAGGAUUCCGUCAGUGGGAAGAUGGUCUGGCAGGAGUUUGAGCCUAAGACUUGGACGGAGGAUGAUGUGGACAUCAAAGUCACCCACUGUGGCAUUUGCGGAAGUGACCUUCACACCCUGCGGAGUGGAUGGGGUCCAACGUUAUACCCGUGCUGCGUUGGGCACGAGGUUGCUGGGACUGCCGUGAAGGUCGGAAAGAAUGUGAAGCACAUCAAACUUGGAGACCGAGUGGGACUUGGUGCUCAGGCAGGUUCCUGUCUCGAUUGCGAGGAGUGCGUGGCUGGUUUGGAGCCUUACUGCAGCAAGGGUCUCAUUGGCACAUACAAUGCAAAAUACCCAGACGGAUCGAAGUCAUACGGAGGGUAUGCUGAUUACUGCCGUGCACCAGGACACUUUGUUGUCAAGAUCCCUGAUGGAUUGACUUUGGCUGAGGCUGCACCUAUGCUCUGCGGUGGUGUAACCGUAUGGUCUCCUCUCAAGAAAAACGGUGCUGGCCCCGGUAAGAGAGUCGGCAUCGUCGGUAUCGGAGGUCUUGGCCACUUCGGUCUGCUGUGGGCGAAGGCUUUGGGCUGCGACGAAGUUGUUGCGAUCUCGCGAACGAGCAGCAAGGCUGCCGAUGCCAAGAAGAUGGGGGCGGACAGAUUCAUCGCCACAGAUGAAGACGAAGGAUGGGCCAAGAAGAAUUCCAGAUCCCUGGAUCUCAUCGUGUCGACCGUUUCCAGCCCUAAUAUGCCACUCACGGGCUACUUCCGAUUAUUGAAAACCUAUGGACAAUUCAUCCAGGUCGGAGCUCCCGAAGACGCAUUUCCCCAAUUCAACGCCAUGGCCCUUAUCGGAAAGGGUUGCAAAUUGGGAGGGUCAAGCAUUGGCUCUCCGGCGGAUAUUUCUGAAAUGUUAGAGUUUGCUGUUCAGCACAAGAUCCACCCGUUCAUCCAGGUUCGGCCUAUGAAGGAAGCCAACCAGGCCAUCAGGGAUUUGGAGAGUGGAAAGGCUAGAUACAGAUAUGUGCUACGGAAUGAGAAGCAUGCGGAUGAGCUUGGCGUGUAA